AUGAUACUCACCAACUUGCAGGAAAGCUUUCGGCGAGGUUUGGAAAUCUUAGCUGUUAGUUCUAACAAACAAUUGUUGGCGGUUGGUUUAAGUUUCCAAGAGAAAUGUCGAAUAGCGAUCUAUGAGAUAGCCACAAUUAAACGUCGUAAAACUCUUAUCAGUCGAGCACAAUCUCAUCAUCUUGUAUCGAUGAAAUUCUCAUAUGACAGCAAAUAUUUAUUGACCCUUUAUGGAUCACCUGAUUAUCUUCUCGUCUGUUGGUCAAUAGAAAAAUUUAAACUAAUUGCAAGUACAACGUUGAAUCUUUUACACGUCGAUUUGUCCAAUGAACCGUUGAAUUUACAGACCUCAUUUAAUCCAAAUGAUUCAUCAAGCAUCGUUAUAACGGGUAACCAUAUUUUUCGUCGUCAUCGCAUUGUUGAUGGCCGAUUUAAAUCUGUUCCAUCACAAAAACAUGAAAUGGGCAAUUUUAAAUGUCAUUGUUGGUUGAAUAAUACGCACAUUUUAGUUGCAUUAGAUCCCGGCGUAUUGUGGAUAGUGAAACACGGUGAUAUUGUGCGGAAAUAUAAUGUUAUUCAAACGCUAGAUUUGUUUGCACAUUCGUUUCGUCACCAUUCUCGUCCUAUUGUACAUGAUGUUUCUCCACUAAAAAGUCGUCCACCAUCUGCAGAACGUCAGACAUCUGAAACGUUAGAUACUAGCGGUGGCAUUAACGUCAUGUCAAAAAAUAAUAACACAGUUUAUUGUUUAUUGCCGUAUACACGUGGCGUGUUUAUAUCGAUAGGAGCCCGACGAGUUUUCAUGUACGAAAGAGCAGAACACAGUGAUCAACUGACAUAUUUAAGAGAAUUAUUGUUACCCACCAUACCAACAGCGAACUUGAAAUUAUCAGUUACUCCUUUUCUCAAAUCACAACUAACUACCCACGAAGUGCCAUCUUUGCAGUAUUCAACAUCCGAUGAACAAAUCAGCUCUCUAGCAUUAAGUCCAAACGAAGAAACGUUGUUAGCAGCAACAAAUUAUAAUCAAUUGUAUGAAAUAUCAUUUUCAAAAGUCGACUAUACGAAAAAAGAGGCGUGUUAUUUCACAUAUGCGUUGGAUGGUGCACAUAAAGGUCCAAUAUUGGCUGUUUGUGCGUGUAUUCGAAAACCAGUCAUUGUCACAUUAGGUUCAGAUCGAUACUUAAAAAUAUGGAAUUUACAAACAAAGUUUGUUUAUUCAAAUUCUCUAUCUUGUCUUAUCAGUAAAAGUUUAUUAAGUUUCAGUACUCAAGAAUUAAAGCAUUUAUUCACAGAGAAUCCCAUUUCACUAAGUUUACAUCCAACUGGUGUAUUUAUAGUUGUCUCAUUUACAAUGAAUGUUUGUAUCUACGGCUAUACAAUCGAUGGUUUAUCGAUGUUUUAUGAUUUUCAAGUUGUCAACGCAAAAUGUAUUGAAUACAGUAAUGAAGGUCAUUUAUUAGCGAUUGCGCAUGGAAACACUCUAGAAUUACAUCAACAUUCAGAUUACGAUGUUAUCACCUAUCUAAGAGGAAAUACAGCAAUGGUAAACACAACUUAUGAACGGAAGAGUUUUAUGACACCAAAAAGUUUGGGUUUUUUUGAGUUACUAAUGGUUCGUUGGACAAUUGAUGAUGCCUAUAUACUCACACUUGGCUUCGAUGAUAUUGUUGUCAAAUGGGAUCCAUAUACUCAAACACGAGUCACCGAAUAUCAACUAAGAUCAUACACAUUUAAAGACUUGAUAAUGACUAUUGACAACAAAAUGGGGUACGCUGUAACCAGUGACCAAAAAAUCANUUUUAUGACACCAAAAAGUUUGGGUUUUUUUGAGUUACUAAUGGUUCGUUGGACAAUUGAUGAUGCCUAUAUACUCACACUUGGCUUCGAUGAUAUUGUUGUCAAAUGGGAUCCAUAUACUCAAACACGAGUCACCGAAUAUCAACUAAGAUCAUACACAUUUAAAGACUUGAUAAUGACUAUUGACAACAAAAUGGGGUACGCUGUAACCAGUGACCAAAAAAUCAAAGAAUUUACAUUAAUGGCGAAUAUUCGAGAUUUAACAUUUCCAUGUGAUGAUUUUGUCCCUACUACGUUAGCAGUUAGUCGUACAGCUCGUGCGUUGCUCAUUGGUACUCAUAAAGGCUAUAUUUAUUGUGCUCGAAUGUUACAGCAUCAACCAGCUGUUAUAACAUCACAAGAUUUUACUCAAAUUAGCGCACAUUUCGGAUCCGUUAAUAAAGUUGUUGUUUCCUUUUCGAAUCAAAUGGCUGCAUCAGCUGGUGAAGAUGGAAAUUUAGUAUUGUACAACUAUAAUGAAUAUCAACAGAAAAAAGAAUUUAAGAUUGUAUUUCGAGAUGAAAUAUUGGCACAAGAAACAGUACUGAAAGAACAGAGUCAACAAUUAUCUCUGGCAUUGCAACGUGAAUACGAUACGACUAAACAAUAUCAACAAGAAUUAGAGACAAAAGAGCAUGAGUACAUAUCACAUUUGAAAGAAUUAGAUGCACAUUAUCAAGAGAAUAUUAAAAUAAUGCAAGAAAAAGUAAAAAGUUUGAAAGAAGAGCAAGCGAAACUUAUUGAACAAAACGCAGAAGAAUUGGAACAAACAGCUGAGGAAUACGAACUGAGAUUGAAAGAAUAUGCUGCAUCGAAAAAUGAGAAUUUAAAAAUAAUAUCGACUCGUGAGCAAUUGCUAAUUGGCCAAAUAAAAAACUUGGCUAAUGUUGAACACGAACAAAUGGAAUUGGCUACCGAUUCGUAUGAUCGAAGUUUAGAACGAACACAUUUAUUAUAUCAACAAAAGAUGGAUCAAAUCCGACAUAAGUUUGAAUCAGUAACUGCAAUUCAUGAUAAAUAUUUUCUCUACUUUUUUUUGGUCAUUUGCUAUCUUUCCCAGGAACGUCUUAGUAUUAGCGAGCGUAUAGACGAGUUACAAGAAGUAAAAGUUUUACUUGAUGAAGAUAGUGAAAAGCAAUUAGUUGAAUUAUCCGAACAUUAUGAGAAAACACUGAAAAGUCUGUUAAAUAAAACACAAGAAAUGGAAAACGAAUCAGUCAUGUUAGAGGCGAGACUUCAACAAUUAGAAGAAGAAUCGCAUCGUUUUGAAGAACAAUUGAAAGUGUUGGAAAGUGAACGUGAAGAACUCAUUCAAUCGAUUCGACAAAUAGAUACAGACAUUAGCACAGCUAGAGAAACAGUAUCACAACGAGAUUUGUUACAACGUAUUGUCGAAAUGGAACGUCGUCGAGAAGAGCUGGAAAAAUUUGCUUAUGUAUUCAAUUAUAAAAUAAGUGAAUUAACAAGUCAAAUUGGUCCACGUGAGCAUGAAGUGAAACAAUUAUUAGAACAGUUUGAUAAUAUGGAUGCUGAAUAUGAUGUAUUGAGUAAACAAAAUGAUACAUACGGUAUUCGGAUUGGUGAUCUGAAAGCAAGAUUAAGAGCCACAGAAAAAGAAUUGAUGAACGAAACAUCAACAAUUCGUUUACUGAAUCAAACGGCCACCAAUAUGAAAGAAGAUUUUGAAAUGUGCUGUCAGUCAACCGAUCAGCCAAAAGUGUUAGUAGCUACUAUAAGAAAAUUAUAUGGAAAAUAUAUUCUCAAUAACGAAGGUAUUGACAUGGCAUUUGGGCAAAUGAGUAUUAACGAUUGUGAUCGUCAACGAGCAUAUUUCGAACGAUCUCAUAUAAGAUUACAACAAAAAGUCAUAGAAGAUAGUAAAAGUGAAAAGUUAGAAGAGAAUAGACGAAUACAAGAACAAAUAAAUAUGAUGCGUGAGAUUAGUUCACAUUGUUUGAAAGUUGCAGAAGCUGAACGUACUCUAGCUGAUAUAGAGAUUGCUUAUCAUAUUUCUGUUAAAACUAAUGCACAAACACCACAAGAAAUACUACAAACUUUGUCGGUGCAACAAGGCUCACAUUUUGUUCAGCAAAAACAAACGGAAUUAGAUGGCAUUUUAGAAUUGCAACAAAAACGAAUUGAACAAUUAAGGGCAUAUGUUCUAAAAAUAAAUGCCGAAACAUUCAGAGUUAGUAGAGAUUGUGAAAUUGAUGUACUACAUGCUUUAUCAUCGUCAGAUGAAAAUCCAUCAAUAGACAGAAGUCCAGCACAACAAUCUAUUCGUUAA